GUAGGCGCAGCUCAUCCAACCAUUCGUCCUGACUUUUCUAAGCGCUAGCUGAGUGUGACUAUCGAUCGUCACCAUUGUUCCAAGACGAUGGAGUGUGGCCCUUUUGAAUCCUGUAGUAACAUUUCAUUUACAAUCAUUCAACAUGUGCGACGGUGUUUAAUACCAAUGUGAUGUUAGAUUCACUGCUGUAUUCGUGCAAGUAGGUACAUCAGUUUCAAUAUGGCCAUGCGGAGAUCGAGAUUAUAUUCCCGCGAAGUUUGGAGUAUUCUUGUAAGCCUAGUCGUGAGCUUUUGCCUGACGACGUGGCUUCGAAUCAGUGUAAUAAGUGUUUCCCCAGGCAGUCCGAAAGAUGUAGGCUGCAAACAUUAUGUCAAGUCUGAGUUGAACGGAGGCUUACAGGAAAAUCUUCACCAAAGGACUUCACGGGAACAACCCGUUCCAACUAGUAAAUUAUUGUUUGUAGGCGUUAUGACUGCCGAAAAAUAUUUAUCAACGAGAUGUUUAGCUGUCCAUAAGACUUGGGCUAAUACGAUACCAGGAAAAGUAAUGUGCUUCACAAGCGGGACUUCAAAAGUUAAUGAAAGUUUACAUAUACCAGUUGUCAAGUUGCCUAGUGUUGACGACUCGUAUCCACCACAGAAGAAAUCUUUCAUGAUGCUUAAAUAUAUUCAUGAUAAUUAUAUUGAUGAAUAUGAAUGGUUUAUGCGUGCUGAUGAUGAUGUUUAUGUCCGUGGAGAUAAAAUGGAGACAUUUCUUCGAUCAAUCAACAGCAGUAAAACCCUCUUUAUGGGACAAGCUGGAUUAGGUAGUAAAGAAGAAGAAGGAUUGUUAAAUCUUAAACAAGGGGAAAAUUUUUGUAUGGGAGGUCCGGGAAUGAUCUUUAGCCGGGAAACUCUUCGAAGAAUGAUCCCGCAUAUCAGUUAUUGCUUAAAAAAUUUAUGGAGUACUCAUGAAGAUGUGGAAGUUGGUCGUUGUGUGAAGAAGUUUGCUGGCGUGGAUUGUACCUGGUCUUUUGAGGUAGGCUAUAUUUGAACGAUAGCGUGUCAAUA